AUGGCUAUUACCGCAUAUUUCCAUGACGGACAUGCUGAGAAGGUGCAAGAAGAGCAGCCAGUCGGAAAUAAAGUAUACUAUAUGCCUCAUCACGCAGUAGUUCGUCGGGACGUCGUCACAACGAAGCUUCAAGUGGUGUUUGAUGCGUCAUCACAUGAAGCUGAUCGUCCCGGCCUCAACGAUGUCCAAUCAAAAGGCAUCAAACUUCUUGUGAACGUUGCCCAGCUACUACUGAACUUUCGCUGCCACACUGUCGUUCUUGCAGCCGACAUAAAGAAGGCGUACCUCCAGCUGUGGAUUUGGCCCGAAGAUCGCGACCUUCUCAGGUCUUUGUGGCUGGAACGACGGCCAACUAAGGAAGAGCCCAUGCCACCGAUUACAACUUGGAGGUUGACCAAAGUAACGUUUGAAGCUGCAUCAAGCCCGUUUCUUUAG